UUGCCCCUUCUCCACCAGCCCAUGCUUCGGCAACUCCAUUUCCCAACCGUCACAAUAUAACAACAUAGCGGAUCUCCGAACCAGCCCGAGUUAAGUCAUCGAAUCCCGAGCCAACUCGGGAGCCAAGAACGAUGCUGGAUCUAGGUCCGUUCUCAGGAGAGAACUUCGAGCCGAAGAAAUGGAUAAACUCGGCAUGCCAGAGUCGGCACCCGGAGGAGUCGGUGGACAAGCACCUGGUGGAUCUGGAGAUGAAGCUCCAGAUGGUCUCCGAGGAGAUCUCCGCCUCCCUCGAGGAGCAGAGCGCCGCCGCCCUCCUCCGCGUCCCGCGUGCCACCCGCGACGUCAUCCGCCUUCGCGACGACGCUGUCUCGCUCCGCUCCGCCGUCGCCAGCAUUCUCCAGAAGCUCAAGAAGGCUGAAGGAUCAUCCGCUGAAUCCAUAGCUGCCCUAGCAAAGGUUGACACUGUUAAGCAGAGAAUGGAAGCUGCAUAUGAGACAUUGCAGGAUGCUGCUGGGUUAACCCAAUUGAGUUCGACGGUGGAGGAUGUCUUUGCUAGUGGUGAUCUUCCGCGGGCAGCAGAAACCUUAGCCAACAUGAGACAUUGCUUGUCUGCUGUCGGGGAGGUGGCUGAAUUUGCAAACGUGAGGAAGCAACUUGAGGUCCUAGAGGAUAGGCUAGAUGCAAUGGUGCAGCCACGACUAACAGAUGCAAUAUCUGGUCGUAAGGUUGAUGUUGCUCAAAAUCUGCGGGGCAUUCUUAUCCGAAUUGGGAGAUUCAAGUCACUGGAGAUACAUUACACAAAAGUUCACCUAAAGCCUAUAAAACAGUUGUGGGAAGAUUUCAACUCAAAACAACGCAAUAGGCUUGCAAAUGAGAAGGCUGAAGUUGAAAGGCUAUCAAGCAACAUUCAAUCAAGUUCUCCAACAAUUUCGUUCUCUAGUUGGUUGCCAAGCUUCUAUGAUGAAUUGCUUCUUUAUCUUGAGCAAGAAUGGAAAUGGUGUACAGUUGCUUUUCCUGAGGAUUAUAGAACUCUUGUACCAAAGCUGCUGAUCGAGACAAUGGCUACUAUUGGCGCAAGUUUUGUUUCUCGUAUUAACCUUUCAACUGGAGAUGUUGUUCCUGAAACAAAAGCAUUGGGAAAAGGUAUAUUAGAUAUUCUGUCAGGCGAUAUGCCAAAGGGAAUUAAGAUUCAGAGGAAACAUUUGGAGGCGUUGAUUGAGUUACACAAUGUGACACAGACCUUUGCAAGAAAUAUUCAGCAUUUAUUUUCAGACUCUGAGCUCCGAGUUUUAAUGGAUACUCUUAAGGCAGUAUACUUGCCCUAUGACUCAUUUAAACAAAGGUAUGGACAGAUGGAAAGGGCUAUCCUAUCCUCUGAAAUUGCUGGGGUUGAUUUAAGAGGUGCUGUUACUCGUGGUGUGGGUGCUCAGGGGAUUGAACUCAGUGAAACAGUGCGCAGAAUGGAGGAAUCCAUUCCCCAAAUUAUCAUACUACUUGAAGCUGCUGUUGAGAGGUGUAUCAAUUUUACGGGUGGUUCUGAGGCAGAUGAACUAAUUCUCGCUCUUGACGACAUAAUGUUACAAUAUAUCUCUGCUUUGCAAGAGACACUGAAAUCAUUAAGAGUUGUCUGCGGAGUGGACCAUGGUAGUGAUGGUGUUGGUUCAAAGAAAGAGACAGAUUUGGACAAGAAAGAAGGAAGCAAAGCUGCACGCAAAGUUGACUCAACUUCAAAUGAGGAAGAAUGGUCCAUUGUCCAAGGAGCUCUGCAGAUCCUCACGGUUUCUGAUUGUUUAACUAGCAGGUCCUCCGUUUUUGAAGCUUCCUUGAGGGCUACUCUUGCUAGGUUAAGCACUACUUUAUCUCUUUCAGUAUUUGGCUCAAGUGCGGACCAAAGCCUGUCACAUGUUGGUGAGGGCAACGGGGAAGCAUCUGUGGGUGGAAGGGCUGCCUUGGAUGUGGCAGCCGUGCGACUUGUUGAUGUUCCUGAGAAGGCUCGAAAACUCUUUAAUCUUUUAAAUCAGUCUAAAGAUCCCAGGUUUCAUGCACUUCCAGUGGCAUCUCAGAGAGUGGCAGCAUUUUCCGACACAGUGAAUGAACUUGUAUAUGAUGUCCUCAUUUCUAAAGUACGGCAACGUCUCAGUGAUGUUUCUCAUUUGCCAAUAUGGUCCGCAGUUGAGGAGCAAAGUGCUUUUCCUCUCCCAAGCUUCAGUGCAUAUCCUCAGGCCUAUGUUACAAGUGUCGGUGAAUAUCUUCUUACUUUACCCCAACAGUUGGAGCCACUUGCGGAGGGCAUCUCAAACAAUGAUGCCAACAAUGAUGAGGCCCAGUUCUUUGCAACUGAAUGGAUGUUUAAGGUUGCAGAGGGAGCCACUGCUCUUUACAUGGAACAAUUGCGGGGUAUACAGUACAUAACAGAUCGUGGUGCGCAGCAGCUAUCAGUUGACAUUGAGUAUCUGAGCAAUGUGCUUUCUGCCUUAUCAAUGCCAAUUCCGCCAGUUCUUGCCACAUUCCAUACUUGCCUUUCCACCUCCAGAGACGAGCUGAAAGAGCUUGUCAAAUCAGAUUCAGGAAAUCAGCUCGAUCUUCCGACAGCAAACCUUGUAUGUAAGAUGCGCCGUGUGAGUUUAGAUUAAUAAUUUUGACUUUGGACUUGGGAGUAUAUUGUUUCCCACCAUAGCACAUUAUGUUGCAUCCCCAAAAUAUAACCUCAUUUCACUUA